GUUGCUCAUUAUUCAGAGACAGACGGAUCUCAGGUCAUCUGCAGCUGCAGCAAAGGAGAAGCAGGAAAGAUGGCGAUCAUCCAUUAGACCGACCGGGCGCACGCAUGAAAUACGAGGACAACUUUUGGGAGGAUCGCUUGAGGAGAAGAUUGUACCAGUUUCCCUGAUUUUCCAGGGAGUGCUCCCAGGUUUCAGUGAUGGAGAUGUUGCAGUGUGACGGCUGUGACUUCCGUGCAGAGUCAUACGAGGACCUGAAGACCCACAUUCAGGACGUGCACACCGUUUUCCUGCAGCCUGCAGAUGCAGAUGGGUCUGGCUCUCUCAAAGGCGAGGAUGAAAAGGAGGUGGAAUAUGAGGACAAGGAUGAAAAGGAUUAUACGUCUCCUAAAGCUGGAAUGAGCCCCAACUCUACUGACAAUUCCAACCAAACACCACAGAAGCAGACAGCUGAAAACCACAUACCAUUUUACCAGUGCAAGUUCUGUGUCCGUUACUUCAGAUCAAAGUCAUUCUUGAGAAACCACACCAAAAAGGUGCAUGAUGUUGUGGAGGAAGAUUCAGAUGCAAGUAUCUCGUCGCAGGGAGAUAAGCAGCCCGGCUACACCGUCAUAAUGCAAAACGACCAUUCAAAAGUGUACUCCUGUCAGUAUUGCACAUACAAGUCUCCACGUAAAGCAAGGAUAAUGAAACACCAACUAAUGUAUCAUAAUAAGGUUCCCGCAGAGAGUGCUGGAGAUCUUUCAGAAUACACUGAGACCGGAGAGGAAUCGGACUCAGCCGGUGGACUCAUGAAGGGAACAUUUGCCUGUGAAUGGUGCGAAUAUCAAACUGACCAGAAGGACAGCUGGACUGAUCAUGUGGUGAAGGAACACAGUGACAAGGUCAAGAUAGUUUCCAGCAUUGCAGAGCUGGAAAGGGAGGCCAGUGCAAGCUCACCCAAACCAGAUUCUCCCUCCGCUUCCCAAAGCCAGACUAGAUUAAAGAUAACUUCCAUUGAUGUUGGUGAAAAGAAAGAGCCAUUAGAAACAACAUCAGAAAACACCUUGGAGAAAACAGUCCAAGAGAUCUCAUCCUUUCAUUACACACAGAUGAAUGCAGUAGCACCCAACAGCACAGGUUCCUCUAUUUUGUCCAAGAGGUUCUCUUCCUCUGAUGUCUCCAAAAGUAUCGUAGAGAUGGACGCCGACGCUGUCAAUGACGAGGACUCUCACAGCAGCUUAGAGGAUGAUGAUGAUGAAGAAGAGUUAGGUGAUAUGGAUGAUCCCAGCUAUACUGGGACCCUGUCAGCAGAUGCAAAGCAGCUUUUAACUGAUGAGGAUAAUAAAUUACUGGAGACUAAAGGAAUACCCUUUAGAAAGUACAUGAACCGAUUUCAGUGCCCCUUCUGUUCCUUCCUCACCAUGCACAGGCGGAGCAUCUCCCGCCACAUUGAAAACAUUCAUCUUUCUGGCAAAACCACAGUGUAUAAAUGUGAUGAAUGCCCAUUCAUUUGCACCAGCCCUCUCAAACUAGGCACGCACAAACAGAGCCACAUUUCCUCAGAUGUAGACACCAUGGACCUAACAAGUGAUAGUCCAGAUUCUCACAAUGACACUGCUGCAGAGCCAGUUAAUGGGGGUAGUGUUAGUUCCAAAGUCAAUGGAAAAAAGUUAACCAGCACACCAAACGACCAGCAGAAUCCUCAUCGCUGCACGCUCUGCAGCUUCUCCACCACCACUCUGAAAGGUCUGAGGGUUCACCAGCAGCAUAAGCAUUCCUACUGUGAUGACCUAGAUCCCUCUGCCUUUGAAAGCCAGCUGACUGACCAGCAGGACUCUGAUGUGGACGCUUCUCCAAUCUUUCUACAAAAAACUCAGACCUCCAUUUUAGGACUUGCCACCAAAAAGCCCUUAGUAACAGGGAAAAGAGCCAGAAAGUCCAUUAACGACUUGCCUUUGGAUUUGUCCUCAGUUAAGAAGAGAACUAGAAUUGAUGAAAUUGCCAGUAACCUUCAAAGUAAGAUAAGCCAAAGCCAACAGGACAUGAUCAUAAACUUAGAUGACAUGGAUGAUGAAGACGCAGGAGAAAAUCAAGCCGGCGCUGAGGCAGACAGUGGAAACCAUGACAAUAAAAACCCUGUCUUCACUUAUAACACACAACAGCUUAAUGCAAGAGAUUCAAUGACUUCUCAAGAGGGAGGCAGAAUAGGAAAAAGAAAAAGCAACCCUAAGUCAAAACCUAGAAACAUUCCUAUAUCAAUGACUCUAUCGGAUGAUAGUGAAAACAUCUCUGCUGACCCCAGCGACAGUGCUAUCCAAGAGAACGCUGAUUAUCCAGAGGAAGUAGGAAUAGCACGAUUCUACUGUAAACACUGUGAUUACCACAACAAAUCAGCUCGUAGCGUCAGCACCCACUACCAGAGGAUGCACCCUUACAUCAAGUUCAGCUUUAAGUACAUCCUGGACUCAGAGGACCAGAGUGCAGUCUUCCGCUGCUUAGAGUGCUACAUCGAAUACACAAAUUACAAUGAUCUGCAUCAACACUACAUGGAGCACCACCCUGAAGCAAGCAAUGUGCUCAACUUCAACCAACCAAAUCUGGUAUACAUGUGCCGCUUUUGUUCGUACACAAGCCCCAAUGUCAGGAGCCUAAUGCCCCACUACCAAAGAAUGCACCCUACAGUGAAAAUAAACAAUGCUAUGAUCUUCUCUAGCUAUGUAGUGGAGCAGUCCCCAAAAACGGGUGAAUCUCAAACCCUGAGGGAAAUAUUAAACUCGGGCCCUAAGAUUUUGAACUCAGCCACGUCAACCCCAAGGUCGUCCUCCAGUCCAGUGCCGAAAACCGCCCCCAAGACCCCUGAACCUAAUGCCGAGGCAGACCUUAAAGAAUCUAUUAGUGGUAAUGUUGUUGUCUAUGAUUGCGAUGUGUGUUCUUUUGCUAGCCCCAACAUGCACUCUGUUUUGGUCCACUAUCAGAAGAAACACCCAGAGCAAAAGGCUUCUUAUUUCCGUAUACAGAAAACCAUGAAGGUCAUCACGGUGGAUCAAUCGCAGUCUGUUGCAAACUCUUCACAUAAUAUAAGCAUGGCAACGCCUCCAAAACAACAGAGCACAGCGCUGUAUGGUUCGGAUGAAGAGAUGUACUACUGUAAACAUUGUGUGUAUAGUAACAGAUCUGUUGUUGGUGUGCUGGUCCACUAUCAAAAGAGACACCCUGAAGUAAAAGUGACGGCAAAAUAUAUCAAACAUGGCACCCCAACCCCUGGUUUGAUGAAAUUAAUGGAUGAACUUCAAAUUGCAGCUCCCAAACAGUUUUUAAAGCAGUUUCAAAACAACGGUCAUGAUGGGUCUAACAACACGAGCCCGAAACCAGGAAGUGGUGAGAAAGGUGAGGACGAGCUGUUCUUUUGUCAGCACUGUGAUUAUGGCAACCGCACUGUAAAAGGAGUGCUAAUCCAUUACCAGAAGAAGCAUAAGGAGACCAAGGCCAACGCUGACCUUGUGCGUCGUCACACUGCAGUUGUCCGGAGUCAGCGCGAGCGUGCACAGAUGGUUCAGUCGAGUUCAGUCUCCUCUGCAUUGAUCCCAGCCCCUCCGGACCCGGAAAACACUACGUCACUGCGCUCAUUGAAGUGCAGACACUGUACCUACACAUCCCCCUACAUCUAUGCCCUGAAGAAACAUCUGAAGAAAGAGCACCCCACUGUUAAAGCCACAGCUAUGACCAUUUUACACUGGGCUUACCAAGAUGGCGUCCUGGAGGCUGGCUACCACUGUGAGUGGUGCAUCUACUCCCACGCUGAACCCCAGGGUCUGCUGCUCCACUACCAAAGACGCCAUCCUGAGCACAAUGUGGAUUACACUUACAUGGCCAGCAAGCUGUGGGCUGGUCCGGAGACCCAACAAGGGGGCAAUAUGGAAACUAAACAUUACAAAUGCAGAGACUGUGCCUUUGAGGCCUGUACAAUAUGGGACAUCACUAGUCACUAUCAGGCAGUCCACCCUUGGGCCAUUAAAGGGGAUGAAUCUGUGCUUUUGGAUAUUAUCAAAGGAAAUGGCUCAGAUGAAAAUAUAAACCAGCAGGUUGUCAAAGAACAAAUGUCUUUCGAAUGCCAACCUGUUGAAGAUGAUGGCGCGCUGGUCAUUGUCACCACACCUCAAGAAAGCCCACAUCCUCCCCACCCACGUCUAUCCCUCUCUAACAAUACUUACCAGUGCACUGUAUGUCUAUCAGAGUACAACAGUCUCCAUGGCCUCCUCACUCACUAUGGGAAGAAGCACCCAGGAAUGAAAGUAAAGGCUGCAGAUUUUGCACAGGAGGCCGACAUCAACCCCAGCUCUGUGUAUAAAUGUCGUCACUGUCCGUAUGUUAACUCCAGAAUCCACGGUGUUCUAACUCACUAUCAAAAGAGACACCCAUUAGUGAAAGUCACUGCGGAAGACUUUGCAGACGAUAUCGAGCAAAUUCCUGACGUAAAUGAGGGAGAUGACAAGUGCAAAACUCAAAGGCAAGGCUACGGGGCAUACAGAUGCAAAAUGUGCACGUACACUCAUGGGACACUGGAGAAACUCAAAAUCCACUAUGAGAAAUAUCACAAUCAGUCUGCCUCUGAAAUCUUUUCUGCUUCUAUGACAUAUUUCACUCCCGGUAAAGAAAGAGAGCCAGUAGCGGAAUGCAGUGGUGGUAAUAUAUCAAGUGCAGCACAAGUCCAGGAGGUCGGUCAGUUGGACCUUGCCCUCGCCCAGUUACCCGUCAAUAAGACAGAGAAACAUGCUAUGUUCAAGUGUCAGCUCUGCAAAUACUUCUGCUCCACCAGGAAAGGCAUCGCUCGGCACUACCGUAUCAAGCACAACAACGUCCGCGCACAGCCAGAGGGUAAAAACAAUGUCUUUAAAUGUGCUCUGUGCCCAUACACAAACCCUAUACGCAAAGGUCUGGCAGCACACUACCAGAAGCGGCACGAUAUUGAUGCCUAUUAUACCCAUUGUCUGGCUGCUUCCAAGACUUUGACUGAAACGCCUAUCAAAGUGAUAGCAGCCCCGCCGCCAGAAGCGGAAAACACAGAAAUGAGUGAAGACUUGCGUUUGGCUGUGGAGAGACGAAAGUGUUCUCUUUGCCCCUUUCAGGCCUUCAGCAGGAAGAGCAUUGUCUCUCACUACAUUAAACGCCACCCAGGUGUCUUCCCCAAGAAGCAGCACGCCAGCAAGCUUGGCCGCUACUUUACCGUUAUCUAUGCCAAAGAACCCGAGAAGGUUGCUGUCAGUGAAAUGGCAGAAGACGAAAAGGAAGUGCUGGAAGUUCAACCUGAACCCGAGCAGGACGGAGAGGUGGAUUGGUUGCCAUUCAAGUGUUUGAAAUGCUUCCGGUUGUCCUUUAGUACAGGCGAGCUGCUCUCUAUGCACUACAGCGACCACCACAGCAAUGACUUGAAGAGGGACUUUGUGGUGUCGCCAGGUCCCGGGGACGAGGACUCUGAGUUGUACAAGUGUUCUCACUGUGAGCUGAAGUUCCUGACUCUCCCAAAUCUGGCUAAACAUCUAUUGAACCACAAUGAGGAGUUUCAGAAAAGGGCCAUGAGGCAGGAGAGGAGGAGGCAGCUGCUCAGCAAACAGAAAGCAACAGAACCCGAGACCAAACCUGAGAAGGAAAGCACUGAAAAUAAAGCUCCCAUAGGGUUCAGGUGUAACUUCUGUGUAGAGAUGCACCCCACCCUCCGAGCCAUCUGCAACCACCUGAGGAAGCACGUCCAAUAUGGAGAGGUCAAAGAGGGACAUGUCAAGCAGGAAGUCAGCGAGGUCCCCUUGACCCUGCCUUCAGAGACCCUGACGAAUGGUGACAUGGAGGAGGAAGAAGCAGCUGAAGCUGACGGCCUCGAGGGGCCCUCGCCCUCCAUGAUGGUUUCCCCAGAAUCUGUUGAUGUUGCCGCAGAGACACUGGAAACAGAGAGGGAGGCCGUUGGAGGAAGAGGAGCGGCCCUGGUGGCAGCGGCGAGGGCCGUGGUGUCAGAGGGCGAGCUGAAGCAGCGAUUAGCAGCGGGGGGUCACCCAUGUGCCCAGUGCGACCGAGUCUUCAUGUCCAUGCAGGGACUGAGGUCCCAUGAGAGGAGCCACUCAGCCAUGGCAAUGUUCAGCAGAGAAGACAAAUACAACUGCCAGUACUGCCAGUUCGUCUCACCCUUCAGACAUAAUCUGGACAGACAUGUGCAGUCUCACCACGGCCACCACAAACCCUUCAAAUGCAAACUCUGCCCCUUUAAAUCUGCCUACGUGAGUCGCUUGAAGAGCCACCUGCAUAAGGCACACACAGGUGAGCAGCACACAUACAAGUGCUUGUCGUGCCCCUUCUCCUCUAUGACCAUCAGCCAGCUGAAGGAGCACUCUCUGAUGGACCACGGCGAGGCGCUGACCCUCCCCAAACUGCGUGCUGCUACCCAGGCUGCUCACGGAGCCCCCAGGCCCCCCCGACCGGCCAGUAACACAGAGCAAACUCCCUUGGACCCGGAUGAUCCAUCAUACCUGGAGACAGCGGAUGUCCGUCAGCAGCUCAGUCAUUACCAGCUGGCCUCCCGCAGUCAGAAGUCUUCCAGCUCGACACCUGGCAGCUCAACGCUGGCGGAUAAUCGACCAGACAGCAUCCUCACUUGUGAGUUCUGUGAGUUCAGCUCUGGGUACAUGCAGAGCCUGCGCCGGCACUACAGGGACCGCCACGGAGGCAAGAAGCUCUUCAAGUGCAAAGACUGUUCCUUUUUCACCUGCUACAAGAAUACCUUCACUACACAUGUGGAGGCCGGUCACAACAACAAUGCACCUGAAAGCCUCCCUAAAGACCUGCGCUGCCCUCUCUGCCUCUACCACACCAAACACAAGAGCAAUAUGAUUGACCACAUUGUCCUGCACAGAGAGGAGCGUGUGGCUCCGCUGGAGGUCAGCCGCUCCAAGCUGUCGCGCCACUUGCAGGGCCUCGUUUUCCGGUGCCACAAAUGCACCUUCACAUGCUCCAGUGACCAGGCCCUGCAGCUGCACCUGCAGAAGCACGCUGAGAUCAAACCCUACCAGUGCCAGCUCUGCUAUUACGACAGCAGUCAACGCAGCCAGCUAGAGGAGCAUCUGCGCCUGGAGCACAAGGUGAUCCGGAACUUCGAGCUGAUGGGCCGGGUCAACCUGGACCAGCUGGAGAUGAUAAAGGAACAAGGAAGCAGCGCAGAGGAGGAGGAGGCUCGAGAAAUCAUUGAGAUGGUUAGAGACAGAAAAAUAGCUGCAGAGGACGAGGACGAGGAUGAAGACAUGGACAUGAUGGAGAACAUGGAGGAGGAACAGAGAGAGAUGGAUGAUGACGUUAUGGAGGGCAACAUCAAAGAGGAAGAGGAGGAUGAGCAGGAGGAGGAAGAAGAUGUAGAUGGGCUGGAUGAGGAGAAGCCUCGCCUACAAGGAGUCCUUGCUUCUCCCACCAGCAGCAGCAGCAGCUGUUCUGCGCCGGGCGGGGCAGAGAAGCGUCUUCCCUGUGAGUUCUGUGGCCGCUGUUUCACCAACAGCCUCGAGUGGGAACGCCAUGUUCUGCGACACGGCAUGACGGUUAACAACAGUGAGAUGGACGCCAGCACCACUUCUGCGAUGGAGGCCUCAGCUUCGUCCUCCACUGGCUCCUCUGUUCUGUUGGAUACAGGCUUAGACCUGUCCAACACCAGCAUUGAGGAAGCGAACACCGCUGAUCUAUCACUGACAAGUCCAAGCCAGUACGUGGACGACAAAGAAAUGCUUGACACCAAAAAGGAUCAACAGUUUGCUUGAACUGAUUGUAGCCUCUUGGGAUACUGUGAUAGAAACGGAUAACAUCGAGUAAGAUCAGCACUGAGUUGCAUCAUAAAAUAGAACUUUUAAAGAAAAAAAAAAGAUUGAACCUGAAAAAAAGUGACUGCUUUUGAGUUGGCGCAUUACUUAGAUUUUAGAUGUUACAUAUUUAAGUAUUAGAUUGUGCUGCAUAAAACGGCUGAGCUCUUUAAAUGGGCAGUCCCCUAGGACAGAUCUUAAUAUAUUGGUAACCAAUAGUGAACAGAACUCUUUAUUGCUGACAUUCUGGUCAAAUCUACCUACAGUAAGAGAUCCCACAUAAGUAAAACCAAGCUAUUUAUAAAUUAUGAACAAAAUUUGAGUAUUUUAUUAUUUUAAACACCUUUUACACUUCCCCUAAAACAGGGGUAGCCUACUGUAAAUGUACCCAAAAGGAACAAACGAGAUAUGAAAGCAUUUAAAACCGUGGCCCACUGUAGAGCUUCCUUCCUCAUGUCUUGUUGAACUUUUUUCAUCCUAGCCUUGUGUUAAAUGUGUAGAAGUGUUCCUUGAGAAAGAGUUGCACGUUAUCUAUUUUAGUAAAACUACAAAGCAUCUUUCCUUCAUUUGUAGAAAUACUUUGCCCCAAUGUUUGUAGCAAAUUGCUAUAUUUUAGUCCCUUAAAAUUAUACUACGUAUAAGCCUUCAGCCUGUGACACCCUUUGCAUUUUGCCUUGUUUAUUGUCCUGUAAUUUCACUGAUCAAAUAAUUGAAACCGUUUUAAUCUCCUGUUCCCUGUGAGCUACCCUGUUGUCUUAGUCCAGGUUAAACUAUAUCACAGUUAACCUUUGCACAGAUGGUCAAUAUAUCAACAGUGGUAUUUUUUAAAGUGUCAUGGCUGAAUUCAUGUGACAUACAGUUGGUAUCUGUUGAUGAGCAAAGCAAGAGUUAGGCAGCAUUUACACGGAGACGGAAACGAAAAU